UUACUAAUAUCAAUGUUUGUAAAGAGAGAACUCGAAGUAUAUUAAAUCCAAAUUCUAAUAAUAAGCUUUGUUUCUGAAUUCAUUACUGAAAAUAUUUAAGUUUUUUACGAAUCUCCAUAUAAGAUGAAUCAAAAAUACUUCCUGUAAUUAUCAUCGCAACUCCUCGUUAAGCAAAGCACUAUUUGUGUAUGUUAUUUAGUUACUGAAAAAUAAGUAGCCUGAAGAAUAUCUAAUUACUGGCAAUUUUUUUUCGUGAGAUAUAAUAUUAUUUUGAUCAUGGCUGAUCAAACCUCGAUGUUGGCCAUUGUGAUCUUGGCUGUAGGUAUUUCAGUUCAUUUCUCUUUACAUAAAGUUGAGGAGGGCCAUGUUGGGGUUUAUUAUCGAGGUGGUGCUUUAUUGCCAGUCACAAGUCAGCCAGGCUUUCAUAUGAUGAUUCCUCUUUUAACAACCUUUAAACCUAUACAGACUACGUUGCAAACAGAUGAAGUAAAAAAUGUUCCCUGUGGCACAAGUGGUGGAGUUAUGAUCUAUUUCGAAAGAAUUGAAGUUGUAAACAAACUGGACUCGAAUAGUGUAUUUGAUGUAGUGAGGAACUUCACAGCUGAUUAUGACAAGACACUUAUAUUCAACAAAGUGCAUCAUGAAUUGAAUCAGUUUUGUAGUGCGCACACCUUGCAUGAAGUAUAUAUCGCUCUCUUUGACCAGAUUGAUGAAAAUCUCAGUACGGCCCUGCAAAAUGAUUUAAAUGAAUUGGCUCCUGGACUUCAUGUCAAAGGUGUAAGGGUUACAAAACCUAAAAUACCAGAAGCUAUAAGGAAAAACUAUGAACUUAUGGAGGCUGAAAAAUCAAAGUAUCUUAUAGCGGAACAGCAUCAAAAGGUUGUAGAAAAGGAAGCGGAGACAGCACGUCGGAAAGCCGUUAUUGAAGCUGAAAAAGAAGCUCAUGUUGCCAAAAUACAGUACGAACAGAAAAUCAUGGAGAAAGAAUCAUUACAGAAGAUCGAGCUUAUCGAGGACAGCAUUCAUAGAGCCAAACAACAAACAAAGGCAGAGGCAGAAUAUUAUCAUCUGAAGAAACAGGCGGAAGCCAAUAAACUAUUAUUGACAAAGGAAUACUUAGAACUUAAGAAAUAUGAAGCUCUCGCUUUAAAUAAUAAAAUCUAUUUUGGCAAUGACAUCCCCAAUAUGUUCUUGCAAGCCAAUGUAGGAGAGAGUGCAUCUACCGCACCUAAAAAUAUCAAAGUUGAAUGAGUAUUAAUAACUCUACCAAUAUAUGAACUAGUCAUACAAUAAAGGUCUUAGAAAUUGUCUACAGAUUUAGUUGAAGUGAACUAAAUAUUUUUUAAUAGUUUGUGAUAUUAAUUUCUCUGAAUUCGGUCUAAUAAUAAUAAGCAUAAUCUAAUGUAAAUGUUAUUGAUCAUUUUUAAUAUAUUUUUCUGUAAAUAAAGUGGGCAUACUAUUUUAUGGACAUUCUAUAAGUACACUGUUUACCAAAAAGUGUUCAAGGGAUAUAUAGUGUAAUUGUUCUAAGGUUAAGGCAAAACUUGUAAACUUUUUCCAUAAAAUAAAAAACUAUAUAUGAAAUAAAA